AUGAAGGCCUUCGUAGUUUCUUUAUUUUUGGUCUCGAUGAUCGCCGCCGAUGCGACCGCAUCGGUAAAGAAACUCGAGAAGCGUGGACUUCUCGGAAGUCAGGGCAUCGGGUCUGCUGCAAGCUAUCUUCCACCCACAACUUCGUACGCCUCGAGACAGGUCUCAGUUUCUCCAGCUGCAAGUUACGGUGUCCCAGCAGCAACGUACGGCGUACCAGCAGCAACAUACGGUGUCCCAACUGCAUCUUACAGCGUCCCAGUCCAAUCCUAUAACGUCCCAGCUCCAUCUUACGGUGCCCAAGCUCCCACCUAUGCUCUUCCUUCCUACACCGCCCCUGUGUCCGUCAACACUUACAGCGCCCCUGUUGCUGUUCCAACUUAUAGUGCUUCACUCUCAACGCCAGUGGCAUCUUACAGCAGCCCGGUGUUGAGUUCGUCUUAUGGUGCUCCCGUUUCAAGCUACGCGGGUGCUUACAGCCAACCGUUGGUAGCAUCAACCUACGGAGUUCCUCAACAGUACUCCAGAGUUCAGACGGUGCCCCAAAACAUAGCACAACCAGUUUCUGUUGGUUACGCUAGCGGUGUUUCCCUGGGGUCUGCAGGCGUACAGACCGGUUAUGGCGUGCCAAGCUCCGUCGUUGAAACUGUUCCAUCCGUUGGAGUUUCCAGUUACUCGAGCGGGGCUUAUGGAGUUCCUUCGAGUCUCGUCAAUAACAAUGGACUCUCUGUUGGACUUUCACUGGGCGGUCAGAGUUUGUCCAGCGGAUCUUACGGAGUUCCUGCCGCGUACAGCCAAGGUGCCAGAUACGCUACCGGUUACUCGUUGGGAUCAGCGUCCCUGCCAUCCGCCUCCUAUGGCCUCCCGAGUUCCAACAUCCAAGUGGAACAAGACGAUGGAUACUCCUAUCCAGUCCCGUCGAAGAAAUUGGUCGUUUAA